AUGAAGAAUCUUGCCAUGCCUGACAAUGGAGGAUGUAUUGACUCCUUCUCCAGUCAAUACCAUCACGAAUCACGUUGUUUGAAUUUAAUGAAUAGAGAUCCAUGUCUUGUGUGGUUCUCACAUAAUUUAGCACCAUUACCUCAACAUUUUAUUAUUAAAUUAGAAAAAUUGUCACAAGUAAAAAGAGUUGGAAUUUAUAUUCACGGAGAAAACAAUCAGAAUCCUAAACAUAUUCAAAUUCAUGUUUCAACAGAUGGAACUAAAUUUACAAAAUUAGUUGAUGCUGAAAUUGAACAACGUUCUGGAGAUUUUUUAUAUGAUUUGAAUGGAUUAGAUCAUGUUAUUGAAAGAGUAAACAUUUUUGAUAAGGAAAAUACACAAUCUGUAAAUGCUCAAUUUGUAAAGUUUGAAUUUACUGAAAAUUAUGGAGGAAGUGGUGUCUAUGUUGCCAAAGCCUAUGUAUUUGGAGAGGGUCUUUAA